ACAGGGAGCAACCUGGUGGCUCAGCUGGGAUGCUGAGAGGGACCUGACACCCCUGGAGAUGGCUGUCCCCAGGUUGGCAUUGGGAUUCUGGCUCCUCCUGCUUCUCCAGGAUACCCAGGCAGCCCCCCAGGCAUCAGUAACCUCCCCUCAUCCCUGUGCUAUGCUUGAGAAUUGGUUCUAUGAUGAAACUUCCCAAGGCUGCUGUUACCAGUGUCCCUCAGGGUCUGUUAAAAAGAAAGCAUGUCCAAGGGACCCAGAUGGAGACUGCAUAAGAUGUGGGCCUGAAGAAUAUGUGAAUACAUCUUCCCCAAAGCCCCACUGUAGCGCUUGUGUCUCCUGUGCAAAAGAGUUUGACCUCGUGGAGAAGAGUCCCUGCUCCCUGAAUUCCAGCCGUGUCUGUCAGUGCCGCCCGGGUCUCUUCUGCCAGACCUCUACCCAGGACACCUGCACACGAUGCCAGCAGCACACCCUUUGCCAGCCUGGUUUUGGGGUCAAACUCAGAGGGACCUCAACAACUGAUGUUACUUGUGAAAAGUGCCCUGAGGGGACUUUCUCUGACCAAAGCUCCAGCACUGAGAUCUGCAAGCCCCACACAAACUGUGCUGCCUUACACAAAAUACCACUAAGAAAAGGAAAUGCCACACACGACCAGGUCUGCCUGGACCCAUUGCCCACCUACCUCACUCCAAGCAUUUUGUCCAUGAAAUCCAGCAAUGAAAUGAGUAACUCUGACCUAGAGAGGUUGGAGGUGAACCUGGUGACCAUCUCUAGUACCCUCUUCAGUGCCACAACAACUGAAAACCCCAGUUCAACUCCAGAGGAGAAAGCUCUGGCUGGGCCUUUUCCUACCUCAGCCAAGGAGGAGAUGACAAGAGGAGGUCAGGUUCUCUGGGGAGUGCUCCUCACUGUGGCAGUGCUCCUUGUGGCCAUGCUGUUGUUUUGGAAACUGGAGGUGUGCCAGAAGCAAGUCCUCAGCCUCAAAGAGAAGUGUGAGUUUGUGGAAGUGAUGCUGAGUACUGAGAGUGGCCCAGAAGAGAAGGAGUUACUUGACAGAACCCUCCCUUUGGAAGCCAACAAUAACUUGGUCUCCAGCACAGAAAAACCUGAUGUGAGUGUGAGUGAUGUGACCCAGAGCAAUGGGAAUGCUCCAGAUUGCCUGGUUGAUUCUCGAGUCAGAGACCACACAAAUAAUCGAAUUGAAACAAUAUGCAUCAUGAAUGCCAACACUGUUAUUGUGGGGCCCAUUUCAGAUGGGUCUAGUGGCAAAAACUGUGCUGCUCGAGGAUGUGAAAGUAAUGCUGAAGGCCAUGAAAACCCAGAAGAGGAGCUGGCAAUGCACUACCCAGAGCAGGAAACGGAGUCUUUUCCAGGGAAUGAUGUAAUGAUUCCUGUGGAAGAGGAGGGGAAGGAAUCUCAUCACCCUACCACUGCCACUGAGAAGUGA